AUGGGCCUACACAGUCUACCCCCAAUCACACAACACAUAUACCUCCGCACAUGUGUUUCGCUGGAAGUUCAGCGGCUGCUGCAUUACACUCUGGCAAUACCUCCUGACUCAUCCAUGCCAGUAGUCCAAGUCCUCGACGCUUUACAGCAGUAUUUCCGCAACUCGCAGAACGAAGCCUUACGACGCCGGGAACUCCUUUCCUGCAAGCAGACGCCUGGUGAGCCAUUCUCUGCCUUCUACGCCCGCAUGAAGGACUUAGCUGACGAAGUUGAACUCUGCACAGGGGACCGCACUACCUGUGCUGCAACACAGAUUAAGAUGAUUCUUUUGUUGGGCGUGCGUGAAGAGGAAUUCGUGCAGUGCCUUGUCUCCCUCGACAGCCAGGCAUCUUUAGAUGACUUUGUCACCUGCUGCAGAACCUUUGAGUCCUCCAGGGCCGCUGCAUCUGCUAUCGUUGCUGCCCCCAGCCAACUCAACAUCCUCUCUUCAUACAAUAGGAACCAACGCCGCCAGAAGUUGACAGCUACGCCCAAGCACACGCCUCAACGCUGUCAGUCUCCACCAUUGACCAAGGACUCGCCAGCCUCCUGUAGGUCUUGUACCCGUCAACAUGCCGUGGGACAUUGCCCAGCAAAAGAUAGUACCUGCCCAAAUUGUGGGUACAAGGGUUAUUGGCACCGUACACCCCGGUGCCCAGCAAAGGACUCUGAAUGCACCACUUGCCACAAACAGGGCCACUUCGUCAAGUGCUGUAAGUCCACCAGGAAGACCUCUACCAACCAGACUCGUAAAGCACGUAGAGUGUCCACCGGCAGGACCCCUAAGCCAGUUAAUGUCACCCUGUCAUAUGGCUCAAAGUCCUCCCAACUGCUCAUGCUGCCUGACACUGGAGCUGAUAUCACAGUGAUUGGCCUGGUGCACCUGGACUCCUUCGGAAUCCCCAGAUGCAGCCUUUCACCCCCGCCUGUGACUGACGUCCUCACAGCAGAUGGGUCGUCCAUGACUCCAGCUUUGGGUUGUUUUGAGACCACCCUCCAGCUCGGUCAAGCGUCCUGCAAGGCCAAUGUCCACGUUCACGAAGGCAUCCAGACACCACUGCUCUUGUAUGGCCACUGUGUGGACCUGGCCAUCGUCUCUACAGAUUUCCCAAAGCCCAUCCUCUCUGUGACCCACGUCAACAGAUGUGCACAGCAGAUGCCUGCCUCGGCAAUGUCGUCCCCCACUGCUGCUCGGACCUACUUCCUACAACACUUCAGCGACGUCCUUGUGUCUAAGACUGACCUCCAGACUACGCCACUGAAGAUGUCUGGCCCACCAAUGAGGAUCCACCUUCAGCCAGGUGCGACACCCUUUGCCAUACACAUGCCUAGACCUAUACCUUUCGCCUACCGGGACCCGGUCAAGGAGGAACUCGAUUCCCUGGUGCAGCAAGGGAUCAUUACGCCCGUCGGUAACAAGCCCUCCGAGUGGUGCCAUCCGAUGGUCCUGGUAACUAAGCCUGGCAAUGGUGUACGCAUCACAGUGGACCUCACACACCUGAACUCCCAAGUGUCCAGGCCUACACACCCGUCGCCCACACCCGCUGACGCUAUCUGCACCAUCACUCCAUCUGCCAAGUUCUUUACUAAGGCAGAUGCAUUGCAUGGAUAUUGGCAAAUGGACCUUGCAGAGGAAGACCGUCACCUCACGACGUUCAUAACACCUCACGGGCGCUACUGGGGAUGCCUACUGUCUUUGCGGAGACCUGGCUCUGCAAGGUGUCGCGCCCACGGCAUAACCUUGAACAAGGACAAGUUCAUGGUAGCCGCCACCAAGGUCAGUUUUUGUGGAUAUAACAUCUCACCAGAGGGCAUCGCUGCAGACCCUGAAAAGGUUGCAGCCAUAUGA